ACAAAUUGCUCCAACUAUUUAGGGUUUGACAGUGAAUGGCAUCAAUGGUGAUCGCUGGUCAAAGUAUUGGGAAUUGUAUAAACAUCAACCAGAUGAUGAUGUAAUCCAAAUCUUACAACUUCCACCUGGAAAAAUCAAAGAAUUAAAUAUCAAAAGUUUGCGGAUGACAGAUUCAACGACACAAGCCCUUCUUCCUCAUCUUAAUGUGAUGGAUAAGCUUGGUUUGGGUGAGGCGAAACUUUCUGCACAAAAUUGUAUCAUCUUACAUGAAGCUGUUGAACGACUAACAAACCCCCAAGGUUUAACAGUGAAUGACGUCAAUGGUGAUCGAUGGUCAAAGUAUUGGGAAUUGUAUCCGAAUCAACCAGAUGAUGAUGAAAUGCAAAUCUUACAAUUUCCACCUGGAAAAAUCAAAGGAUUAAAUAUCGAAGUGCGGAUGACAGAUUCAAUGACACAAGCCCUUCUUUCUCAUCUUGAUGUGAUGGAUAAGCUUGGUUUGGUAUCUUGGCCCAAUGACAUAAACCUGAACCCCUACAUGGAAGAUAUAUCCAGGAAAAUAAUGGAUCGGCAAAACAAAAUACAGCUUGUUAUAUCUGCACCACUGGAUGAGAAUGCUACACACUGGUUAGCCCGGUGUCUUUCUAAUGUGAGUGACUUAACAAUAAUUGAGUGGAAACUUUCUGCACAAAAUCGUAUCAUCUUACAUGAAGCUGUUGAACAACUAACAAACCCACAAGUUAGUGUGUUUAAUUUUCAUCUUAGAAGUGGAAUGUAUUUAAUCGCGCUCCUAUCUUAUCAACUUAUUCUUACUUGACUACUGUAUGCACUACAAUUGAUGUUAUGAAUCGUGAUGUACCGAGGUUCGGUUUACCAAAUUUAUUCAGCAGAAUUUAGCGAUUUUGGAUUCAGUUUUGGCCAAAUCAUGCAUACUGAUUCUGUAAACUACGUAAUAUUUUAAAGACAAUAUAAAUAAAAAAAUGUUUACGGGAAUGAAUUAUUGAGUUAGCUGCUUGCCUGAGUCGCAGUAAAACAAAUUUUUAAUUAAUUCAAA